GAGUAUAAAGCAGAGAUGAACUGCAGUUGGACUGCAGAAAGCAGCAGGAUGAAGGGUAGUAUGCAGCUAGGGCUGUUGUGUUUCAGCCUGCUCAUCUCCAGUCUUCAUGGGGAAGUCGAGACAGAUAACAGCAUGCAAUCACCAGUUAAUUUUGAAGAGCCGGAUCUUUAUCAGCCUGAGAUGAACAGAGUACGACGACAGACUGUCUUCACAGAGAAGGAAGAUUCAACAAAGAAAGAAUUUGUUGUUCCAUCAAGUGUGAACAGGCGUCUAGGAGCUUCCACCCUUUUAGAAGCCGAUUCUGAGGUUUAUCGCACCAAGAGGCAGAACAAAGGCAAGGACAAACCAAAAAAACGCCGCCCAGGAUUUAACAGCCUUUUAGGAAUACAACCUCAACUUCCCAUGGACACUGUCCGUGCCAAAAGGGAUGAAGGUGCCAGAGGAAAAAGACCCUGGCCAGGAAUUUAAAGCAUUAUACGCAUUCAAGGCUCCUUCCCAGGUUCCCGGAAUCAGGAAAAAUAGGGAUUGCAUAUACGUAUAAUGCAACACCAUGUUUCAUAACAUGCUUGUGAAAGUAAUCAUUUAUCUUUCUACAGCUUUCUUCUUUUUCUCUAAUAUUUAGUCUCCAAUGUCUGCAAGUCUAAAAGGUAUCACUAGGCGGCAGUAUUUACCCAAGAGAUGAGCACUUACGCCAGUUUGGCUUCAAUGUUUAUCUGAUGUCUGUUGAUCUUUAUCUCUUAAUUAAAAUAAAGAAUUUGUGUUUAAAUCUCA